AUCUUUCCUCUCUCUUGUACACUACAAAAGGCCUAAGCUCUCUUCCUUAAAUUGUCAUUGUCUUCCCUCUCAACUUACCAUUUCAUCCAAUCAGUCGCUCUCUCUUUCGCACUCCUAAAACGACAACUCCUCUUUAAUUCCUUGAAGUUUCAAUUUCAUAGAGCUGUGAAAAAAAAAAAACUAACACGAUGAAUAGUUGCGGUGGCCCUUAUUGUCAUGGGGGUUCGUGCACUUGCGGUUUGUAUUACGGUCAAGAUAAUGCUACUUCUGCAUACUCAAUGUUCUAUAACCAGUAUCAGGACAAUGAAAAUUAUUCGGAAAACAUGUAUUCUGUCUCUCCUUCUUCUUCGUCUUCAGUUGAUUGUACUCUUUCCUUAGGAACACCUUCCACUCGUCUUAGUACCAAUGAGAAUGAAAAGCGAGUUGAACGUCGCUCUUCUUCUUACAUGUCCAAAUGCUGGAAUAUUCUACAGAACAAAAAUCAUACGACCCCUUCAUCUGCUCCAAAGUCAAGUCGUGGUAGUAGCAAUAAUGGCAACACUGACUCACUUGUUGCUCGCCGAUGUGCUAAUUGUGACACAACUUCGACACCUUUGUGGAGAAAUGGUCCUAGAGGCCCCAAGUCACUUUGCAAUGCCUGUGGAAUUCGUUUCAAGAAGGAGGAGAGGAGAGCCAAUGCCGCCGCUGCGGACACCGCUAACGGUGGUGGCAUGGAAAUGAACGGGUCAUGGGUUCAUCAUUCAGCCUAUGGAAAUGAAUUCAGGUUCAUUGAAGAUGAUGAUGAUGAUCGUCAUGAUUCUGAUAAUACUGCCAUUUCCUUCUGGCCCUUCCUAGCCUCUCAGCAUUGCUGAUUAGCUUAUUAGAAACCUCUCAACAAGAAAGGAAACGGGAGGAUGGAUGCAGCAUUCAUUUCAAGUUUAAAAUUCAAAGCAAAGGGAAUUUUGCUUUUUAAGUUCGACAAAUUCUUAUUUUGGUCGUCAUCAUAUAGGAGUAUAGUUAAGCACAUUUGACUUUCAGUUGAUUGAAAUGUGCGCUUUUGAUCCUUCUACUUAUGAAUCUUUAAAAGUUUUAACAAAUUAUUCAAUGCUAAACUAUUUAAUUAUUGAU